CGUGUGCGUGCGUCAAAGCCGGUUAGACUUUAUCCAGUGUGUGAUUCUGUCACUCGAGGGUUCUCCCCUCUCUGAACCACACACCUAUUGCUGUGUUUGUUCCGCGUGCUUUUUCUCUUCUUCACUUUUUUCAUUUGCCGAGCAGCACGGAUUGAUUCCCGGGACUCACCUUCACUAUGAGUUCCUCGGCUGAAGCGCUCCCGCAACUUUUCGGUGCGCCGGUGCGCCGCUAAGCCAAGUUCACACGCAAAGUGCCCCCCACGCUCCCCUCAUCCCCGGGCGAACGCAGGCUCGCCCUCCUUCCCCAGCGACCCGACCCGACCCGACCCGACCUCCCCACAACGUGCGGCAAACAUGCAGAAGAGCGUCCGCUACAACGAGGGGCACGCGCUGUUUCUGUCGGCGCUCGCGCGUAAAGAGGGCACCAAGCGCGGUAACCUGUGCAAGAAGUCGGCGGAGAACAGCCGGUGGCACGAGAAGUUCUUCGUGCUCUUUCAGAAUAUACUUUUCUACUCCGAGAACGAGCAGAGCGCGAAACCCGCCGGGAUUUACCUGUUGGAAGGAUGCACUUGCGAUCGCUCACCGGCCCCCAAGAUGUCCACCACCGGGAAAGAAGCGAUGGAGAAACAGUACUACUUCCACAUCGUGCUGAUUGGUCAAAAUGGACAGAAGCCUCUGGAGCUGCGGACGGAUGAGGAGAGCGAGUGCGAUGAAUGGGUGGAGGCCAUCGGGCAGGCAAGUUACUCUGAAAUCAUCAAUGACCGAGAGGCGCUGAUGCAGAAAUACAUCCACCUUGCACACAUUGUGGAGACUGAGAAGGUGGCUGCAAAUCAACUGCGCACCCAGCUGGAAGAUCAGGGCACAGAAAUCGAGAGGCUCAAAGCGGAGAUUAUUGCUCUGAACAAAACUAAGGAGCGAAUGCGGCCUUACCAGGUCAACCAUGAAAAUGAAGACCCGGACAUCAAAAAGAUCAAAAAGGUGCAGAGUUUCAUGAGGGGCUGGCUCUGUCGGAGGAAGUGGAAGAUCAUCGUGCAGGACUACAUCUGCUCUCCUCACGCCGAGAGCAUGAAGAAGAGGAACCAGAUCGUCUUCAACAUGGUGGAGGCAGAAACAGAGUACGUCCACCAGCUCUACAUCCUGGUCAACUGUUUCCUCCGACCUCUGCGGAUGGCAGCCAGCUCCAAGAAGCCCCCCAUCAGCCACGACGACGUCAGCAGCAUCUUCCUCAAUAGUGAAACCAUCAUGUUCCUACAUGAGAUUUUCCACCAGGGCUUGAAGGCGAGGAUUGCCAACUGGCCGACUCUGGUGCUGGCUGACCUAUUUGACAUCCUGCUGCCCAUGCUGAACAUCUACCAGGAGUUUGUGCGUAACCAUCAGUACAGCCUGCAGGUUUUGGCCAACUGUAAGCAGAACAGAGACUUUGACAAGCUGCUGAAACAGUACGAGUCUAACGCCGCCUGUGAGGGAAGGAUGCUUGAGACCUUCCUCACAUACCCGAUGUUCCAGAUUCCCCGCUACAUCAUCACCUUGCACGAGUUAUUGGCACACACGCCUCAUGAGCACGUGGAACGAAAGAGUCUUGAAUUCGCCAAAUCCAAAUUAGAAGAACUGUCCAGAGUGAUGCACGACGAGGUGAGCGACACGGAGAACAUCCGGAAGAACCUGGCCAUAGAGCGGAUGAUCGUGGAGGGCUGCGACAUCCUGCUGGACACCAGCCAGACCUUCGUCAGGCAGGGCUCUCUGAUCCAGUUGCCGUCGGUGGAGCGAGGAAAGCUAAGCAAGGUCCGCCUGGGGGCUCUGUCUCUGAAGAAGGAAGGGGAACGCCAGUGCUUCCUCUUCACCAAACACUUCCUCGUCUGCACACGCAGCUCUGGGGGAAAACUGCACCUUCUCAAGCAAGGUGGAGUUUUGUCCCUGAUUGACUGCACACUCAUAGAGGAACCAGAUGCCAGCGAUGAAGAGUCUAAAGCUGGAGGUCAGGUGUUCGGCCAGCUGGACUUUAAGCUCGUAGUAGAGCCUUCGGACUUGCCUCCCUUCACUGUGGUGUUACUGGCUCCCUCACGGCAGGAGAAGGCGGCAUGGACCAGUGACAUUAGCCAGUGCAUAGAUAAUAUCCGCUGUAAUGGCCUGAUGACCAGUGUGUUUGAGGAGAACUCUAAAGUCACCGUGCCCAAUAUGAUCAAAUCCGAUGUGCGUCUCCAUAAAGAUGAUGUUGACAUUUGCUUCAGCAAGACGCUCAACUCCUGCAAGGUCCCCCAAAUCCGCUACGCCAGCGUGGAGCGGCUCCUCGAGAGGCUGACCGACCUGCGCUUCCUCUCCAUAGACUUCCUCAACACCUUUCUGCACACAUACAGGAUGUUCACCACGGCAACGGUGGUCAUGGGCAAACUGGCCGACAUCUACAAGAAGCCCUUCUCCUCCAUACCUAUCAGUCUGAAGAUCAAGAGGAUAGCCAUGGAUCAGUCCAAGUCCCUGGAGCUGUUCUUUGCCACCAACCAGAACAACCGAGGUGGCGAGCACAUAAACGACAAAUCCCCUCGUCUCUGCCGCAAGUUCUCCUCUCCUCCUCCUCUGUCCAGCCUGUCCAGCACCUCCUCCCCCGUCCGAACUCGAAAGCUUUCCCUCCACUCCCCCAUCACCGCCAGGGUCGGAGGGCUGGACCUGACCAGUCCUCUGUCCAACUCCAGCGUCAACCAUAACACUUCCCAGUCCGCUGCCAGCAGCCCCACCUCUGCCUACACCCCCACUCCUCCCUCCCUCCUCACCUCUCCCCCACCCAACAACUCAAAGGACCAGGUUCCUUCUAUUCCCUCCUCCCCGGACCAAAGUCCCUACGCCGCUGCAGAGGGGGAGGACGUGCUCAGGAUGGAUCCUUUCUCCGGCAAACUGAGACGGAGCAUCCGCAGAGCUCUGCUCAAGUCAGUGUCACUGGAGAAGAUCAUCCCGGAGUCUCCUCAGAGCAGUGAAGCGGGAGACAUGUCUCCGUGCCGCUCACCUUCCACCCCGCGACACCUCCGCUACAGGCCGCCUGGAGUUCAGUCAGGAGAUAACUCCCGCUGCCCAGUCUCUCCUGCUUCAGCCUUUGCAAUUGCCACAGCAGCAGCAGGACAUGGUUCACCACCAGUGUUCACUAACUCUGAAAGAACUUGUGAUAAAGAGUUCAUCAUCCGAAGAGCUGCAACCAACAGAGUCCUCAACGUGCUGCGCCACUGGGUUUCCAAACACUCACAGGACUUUGAGAUGAACGGGGAGCUGAAGACGUCGGUGAUCUGUCUCCUGGGGGAGGUGCACCGGGAUCCAGACCUGCUCCCUCAGGAGAGCAAAGCUACUGCCAACAUACUGAGUGGCCUUUCUCAAGACGAGCAGGAGGAUGCUCAGCUGAGGAUAGAGGACAUCUUACAGAUGGCGGACUGUCCGAAGGCCGAGUGUUUCGAGUCCCUGUCGGCGAUGGAGCUGGCCGAGCAGAUCACCCUGCUGGAUCACAUCGUCUUCAGGAGCAUUCCCUACGAAGAGUUCCUGGGACUUGGCUGGAUGAAGGUGGAUAAGACAGAGAGGACGCCAUACAUCAUGAAAACUACUCAACACUUCAACGAUAUGAGUAACCUGGUGGCAUCACAGAUCAUGACCCACACCGAUGUGGGAUCGAGGGCCAACUCCAUAGAAAAGUGGGUCGCAGUGGCCGACAUCUGCCGCUUCAUCAACAACUACAACGGAGUGCUGGAGAUCACAUCUGCACUCAAUCGCAGCGCCAUCUACCGCCUGAAGAAGACCUGGGCUAAAGUCAGCAAACAGGCUAAAACCCUCAUGGACAAACUGCAGAAGACCGUGUCUCUAGAAGGAAGGUCAAAAAAUCUGAGGGAGACACUGAAAAACUGCAACCCUCCGUGUGUGCCGUACCUGGGAAUGUAUCAGACUGACCUGGCCUUCAUUGAGGAGGGGAGACCCAAUUUAACUGAGGACGGUCUUGUAAACUUCUCCAAAAUGAGGAUGAUUUCCCACAUCAUCAGAGAGAUCCGACAGUUUCAGCAGACUCCGUACCGAAUAGAGCAUCAAGCCAAGGUGACCCAGUACCUCCUGGAUAAGACUCUGAUCAUGGAUGAAGACACUCUCUAUGAUCUCUCACUGAAGAUUGAGCCCAGGCUUCCUGCCUGAGUUGCAGCUGUUCGCGGCCAGUGGGAACCUGCCAAACCUGGACCCCCCCCCACCCCAGGGCAACACGCCCAUGCAAACUCAUCAAUCAAGAGGGAAUCAGAGAGUUUCGAGAGUGAGGUCUGAGAUGUCUUUAGAGUCAAGUCUGAGGACAGUUGAACGAGCUUUUAAAAAGAGGCCGAGGCAGCACGAGAAGGAGACCAGUCUGUUGGAGGUGUUGGUUUGAUUGUCGUCAAGGCGAACACGAGGAGGAGGAGGAGGAGGUUGUGGUUGCUUUGCGCGUGGGCUUUUUGAGGAAACCGCUCGUUGCCGUGUGCGCUCAUCAUUCCUCGGCGGAGAGUGCGGCGCACAUGACAUCAUACAUGCAGCAUGCAGUGAGUGGAUGGAACAGAUGUAGCAUAUACAGAUAGUGUGACAGGGAGGUGUCUGAGCUCUUGUCUAUGUUCUGUUGCCUGUGCAUUUGUGUGCCGCGUCCCGAAGCGAGAGCCCCCCCACCCCAAAAAAAAAAGCUUUUAGUCAUGAUGGUCACUGCAUAAAAUGUGCAUGGAUUCAGCUUGGCCUGCCACCUGACCCCUGACCCUUAGCUCAGCAUGCAUCACUCCUACUGGAGUGACCCUCUAAGCCACUAUGCAUCCUCGGUGGGCAAGUGUGAUCUAGAAAGAUACUAAACGAAAAUAAUUAAAAAUGUUUAUGUAUUUUGAUGAGAAGCGGACAUUUUGAUUGAUAAAACAAUAACAAUAUAUUGUUUAUUGGUCUUUAGUCGUUCCUUGCCUAAGGGCUGAGGGGAGAGCAAAUGAAAAUGUCCACAUGAAUGAUGAAUAUAAACACUUUAUUAGUGCCUUCCACCGUGUAGGUCACCAAUACACAAGCGUACAACUUUACAUAAAACCUGCGUCAAAAGCUUGAGAGUUACCUUCAAAUUGGACUUGAGUUUCACUCAUUCAACUUCUUUUUUUUUCUUCAGAAAACAGGUGAUGUAGACUUAAGAGUAGCAUGUUAGUGUAAACAAAGUAAAGUCAUUGCAGCAAAUAUCUCCCUCUAGUGUUUAAACAUUGUAAUAACCUCUCCUGAUCCAAAGCUUUUGCAGCAUUUGUGUAUUUGUUGAAUUUGUUUGGCUUUUACAAACUGUCUGAUGCAGACGCGUGUAGUCAGUCCCUGUGCGUGACGCGGCUGUAGGCCGACGCCGAUUUUGCACUCUCUGAGAUGUAGCUUCGCUUGAGUGAUAGUUUGAUCGUUAUUUUACCAUGCUAUAUAAUAACGCAUUGCAUUUAUGACAUUUUUGUAUAGAGAUAUCCCACACAUAUCAUAUGAUUGAUGAAGAGAUUGAGUUUGAAUUGUGAUGCUGUGAAUAUUGAUUUUGAUUGUUUUUACGUCUCUUUAUGUUGAAGUUAGUAGUUUUGCAUCCCAGGCUCUUGUACUGCAAGAAAUCUGUUUAACUUUAUUAAAAACAACGUCAUUUGAAAGUAAAAAACAUGUAGCAUUUUAAUAAUCUGAAUGUUUUUUUUCCGUAUUGCUGAUAUGAUGAACAUAGUUGUCCUGCAUGCACACAACAGCUGCAUAUUGUGCAUGUCCAACUGCGUUGUCCCGCUGCUUUUCUAUAUCAAUAUUGUCUCUGUAGCUGUCAGGAGGCUCUGUUAAAAGGCUUAGAAACAAUAUUUUGUCCAUUGAAUGUGUCCCAUUUGUCCCCAGCUCAAGCAUAGUUUUUAGGUGAUGUAAUCUGCAAAAGAGUAAGUAAGAGGUUGAUCACAGGAAAUGUUUUCAGGCUUUGCUUUUGGAAAAACCUGUUUGUACCGCGUCUGUUAUCCUGACCGUCUUUUUGACACACGUGUAAGAAUGUUUGUUUGUUUUGCAUCAUUACUGUGUAUUUGUUUGCAUUUUCAUUUGUCGAUGAAGGAGAAAUAAAUUCAAUAUGCCUUA